AGGGGGCUGGUCCUACCGGGUGCCGCCCGCCGGGCCCGCCCCAUCGGUCACGUAGCUCUGCGGCAUCGCAGCCCCAUUUACCGCGGGGCCGGAGCUCUCAGCCCGCAGUUCCGUACCCGUCGUCACCGGUCCCGCACGGCAGCACCAUGACGCACCAAUACCCCGCGCUCACAGCCGAGCAGAAGAAGGAGCUGUCGGACAUCGCGCUGCGCAUCGUGGCCCCGGGAAAGGGCAUUUUGGCCGCCGAUGAAUCCGUGGGGAGCAUGGCCAAGCGCCUCAACCAGAUUGGGGUGGAGAACACGGAGGAGAACCGCCGGCUGUACCGUCAGAUCCUGUUCAGUGCCGACAGCAGGGUGAAGAAGUGCAUCGGGGGGGUCAUUUUCUUUCACGAGACCAUGUACCAGAAGGCUGACGAUGGCACUCCCUUCGUCCAGAUGAUCAAAGAUAAGGGCAUCGUUGUGGGCAUCAAGGUGGACAAAGGUGUCGUUCCGCUGGCCGGGACAGAUGGGGAGACCACCACGCAGGGUCUGGAUGGGCUGUCGGAGCGCUGUGCCCAGUACAAGAAGGAUGGGGCUGACUUUGCCAAGUGGCGCUGCGUGCUGAAAAUCAGUGAUAAUACUCCCUCUGCCCUGGCCAUCAUGGAGAACGCCAACGUCUUGGCCCGCUAUGCCAGCAUCUGCCAGCAGAACGGUAUUGUGCCCAUCGUGGAGCCUGAGAUCCUGCCUGAUGGUGACCACGACCUCAAACGGUGCCAGUAUGUGACAGAGAAGGUGCUGGCGGCAGUCUACAAGGCGCUGAGCGACCACCACGUCUACCUGGAGGGGACCCUGCUGAAGCCCAACAUGGUGACACCUGGGCAUUCCUGCCCCACCAAGUACAGCCCCGAGGAGAUCGCCAUGGCUACUGUCACUGCUCUGCGCCGCACCGUGCCCCCAGCCGUGCCAGGUGUCACCUUCCUGUCUGGGGGCCAGAGUGAGGAGGAAGCCUCCAUCAACCUCAAUGCCAUCAACACAUGCCCUCUGGUGCGGCCGUGGGCCCUCACUUUCUCCUAUGGGCGGGCACUGCAGGCAUCAGCGCUCAGCGCCUGGCGUGGGCAGAGGGACAACGCCAAUGCUGCCACCGAGGAGUUCGUCAAGCGUGCAGAGGUGAACGGUCUGGCAGCGCUGGGCAAGUAUGAGGGCAGCGGGGACGACUCGGGGGCCGCCGGGCAGUCCCUCUACGUGGCCAACCACGCAUACUGAGCCUCCAGUGGGCCCUGCUGGCCCCCGCCCCGGACCCCCCUGCCACUGCUCACACCACCCCGCUUCCACCCCAGCCACCCAGGGGAGGGGAAGGUGGCCCCAAAAGGAUGAGGGGGAGGCCUGGGUCCCCCCAGAGGGAAAAGGGGGCUCUGGCCAGGCCAGGGUGGGGAGGGCCCGGCCGUGUGGAGGGCAGGAGGGGAGGCCUGGGGGUGCCCCUGCCCCAGCCGUAGCUUCGCAGUCCCGGUCAACGUCGCCCUCGGGACGCUCAUGUCGUGUUCUCGUGUGCACCCCGUGUACCAAAAUAGCCUAACAGCGAAUAAUAAACGGUAGAGACAGC